AUGACGGUACCGGUUCUGCCCGCAUAUCUUUUUCUUUGCCCUGUCCAGACUCUCCGCGGUGUAGGUCCCGGGACAUACUCGUUUUCAGCGUUGGCUGAGCGUCUAAUGGGGAGGAAGAAGGCCAAGGACUUCUUGAAAGACAACAGGUGUCGUCGUACAUCGGUUCUUGCUCAUCAUCGUCAUCCGUUUGGUCCUCCUUUGUCUCCCACCCUUCUUCUUCUGCCUUCGGCUUCUCGGGGUGUGACUGGAGGAGAGACCUCGCCGCUCAUUCAGUUGCCACCUUGGAUUCAACGAGACGAGAGUCAAUAUCUGAACAUACUCGUUUUAUUCCCCGUGAUCUCAGCAGGUCUCGACACGAUGCGGUCCGCCAUCCAGCGCGAGGUGUAUGCAGUUACUCAAAACCUCAUGCUGCAGGGUGAAAAGAAGAGGGAAGUGGUCUGCGCGUUUGGAACGGUUACCAAAGUUUUUGGUGGCCUUUAUGGAAAUUAUGAGUUUUCUCUUCAAGUUUCUAGUCGGCGAUGUGCAUCCGGCCCAGUUCGGGCCAUCUAUUGCCGUGAAUGUAAUCCGCUGUAUAUCACGCGGAGCUCGUUGCAGACCGUCAUCUUGCCAACGGAGAGCAGAUUCAAGUGGUUUCCCGAGCUGAAAGCAACAUUGGAGGAACAAGGGUUCAUCAACCCCCACCGGGAUGAGUUCAUAUAUCACCCCGACCAGCGGCUUUUCGUGAACCGCCCGCCCUGGCUCCUGUCAAGCCAGGCGGCAAGGACUGCACUGAUCUUUUACCUCACUCGCCGUAUUAAUCAAGUCUUCUUUAUUGACCGACAUUUCGCGAUCGAUCAGACCCUUGUCGUAGCCCAGUUGUAUGAGCGAUGCUUUGCCGGUCUCGACGCAUAG